GCUGCUUCUGCUCUGGAGCUCAGCGACUUCCAUCCUCAGUUCUGUGAGGAAACCUUCCGCCUUUUGCUUUGUUGCUCUGUACCUCUCCUCAAUCAGCUCAACCAGCUCGGCCUGGCUUCUCUGGAUGGAGCGGAUCAGCUGCUCGUUUCUGAGUGUGAAUUCCUGUUAAUGCCUGCCAACGUUGAUAAAUACGAGCUGCACCCAAAGGCAGCACAGACACAGACCUGCUGUCGGACACCCUGAAUGCAACAAGCUUGACUGGACCAAACGCUCACAGCUGCAGUGCUGUCCACUGUGUCCUGACGGCAGCAGCAACAAAACGAGGGUUUAUAUCCGCACCAAACCUUGGUCUGAGCUGAACAGGAGGAAGGAAGAUGUCGGCGGUGUAUAAAGACGACCAGGAGGACUGGCUGACAGUGUGUCUCAAGUACCUGCUCUUUGUUUUCAACUUUCUCUUCUGGGUGGGCGGAGCUGCUGUUCUGGGCGUAGGAGUCUGGACACUGGUGGAGAAGAGUGACUACUUGAGUCUGUUGGCCUCCAGCACUUUUGCUGUCUCAGCGUAUAUCCUAAUCCUGGCCGGCAGCCUGGUGGUGGUUACAGGCUUCUUGGGCUGCUGUGCUGUCAUCCGGGAGCAGAAAAGCUGUCUGUCCACGUAUUUCUUCUGCCUGCUGUUGAUCUUCUUGAUUGAACUGGUGGCUGGAGUACUGGCUUAUGUCUAUUACCAGAGGCUGAGUGAGGAGCUGAAGCAGCAUCUCAACCAGACGAUGACAGAUAACUACGCCCAGCCCGGGAGGGAGGCCAUCACAUUAGCUGUGGACAGACUACAACAGGAUUUCAAGUGCUGCGGCAGCAACAACUCCCAUGAUUGGACGAUGAGUGUGUACAUUUCAUCGAAGCAGGCAGACGGCAGGUUGGUGCCUGACAGCUGCUGCAAGACCAUCACCCCUCACUGUGGCAAGAGAGACCACCCCUCCAACAUCUACAAGGUGGAGGGUGGUUGCAUCACUAAGCUGGAGCAGUUUCUGGCCGACCACCUGCUGGUCAUCGGCGCCGUGGGGAUAGGAGUGGCUUGUCUGCAGGUCUGUGGGAUGGUGUUCACCAGCUGCUUGUACAGAAGGAUCAAGAUGGAGCCUUACUGAGCACACCAGGCCCCACAACACACCACCUUCAACAGGCAGAUGGAGCAAUGACCUGCUGACACCUUAACUCCGAACUCUGAAUCAUGAACUCUGACCUAAGCCAAGUGCACAGACACGUUCCAGGGCACCCACAUCGCAGUCAGAAACACAGUGCCACUGCUAGACAGGCAGAAGAAUUUGGCUCUUCUUGUACUUGUGUGACAAAGCACUUAAAUCCAGGCUUAAACAUUUCUGAAACCUGACUGCGAUCUCGGCCCACUGGAACAGCACGUCUGUUCGCAUCACUGCCUUGGCUUAGAUGCACGCUUCUGUUUGAGCAGGACAAAAGAAAGGGACGUAGCCGUAAUACAUUCUCUGUUCAACUAAUGAUGAUCCAAAGAUUACACAGUUUACACUGCUGUUGAAGAAAGGUAUUUGUCUGGAUGUAUAUUUUGGAAACACAAUGUGCCUCUUAAACAAGUCUGCUGGUGAAUAAUUACUAAUUUUGUGCCUGAAAUCUCAAAGGGAGCUGACAAUGCACUGUGAUAAACGAUAUCUUUAUAUUUGUAGUUAUGUCUAUAUUCCUGAAAGUAGCAGCACUGAAUGUUGAACUAUAGCGUCGUUAUUGACUUUAAAUGUACGGCUACAAACAUAAGGACAUGCUCAGACAGUCUUAAGAAAAAGAAAAGUCAUUUUCUCCAAUGGUUGCCAGAUUCCUGAAUCUAUAACUCCACCUAGUGGUUGCCACUGGUCAUGUCCUGUACUGUGUGUGAUAUACAUUUUGCAAUACAUCAAAAUCAGCUAUUGAUCUUCAUGUGUGACAGAUAAAUACACAGAUGGGUUUUGACAUUAGCAAACAUUCCCCUCUGUGAAUUUAAGACCCAUUUUCAUCAUCUCCCAGACACACUGAGGUCUCAUUCUCUACAGUGAAGAAGCUGACCUUUUGUGAGAGCUAAAGAAAGCAAAGACUAUGUUGUUUUUCGCAGCUUAAUCUAUCACUCGCCAUCCCCUUUUCCCGUAGCUAUUACUCACGGAACAAUGAGUGGCCUUGUUGCCGCUAUACUGUAGAGGUGAGAAGUCUCGGCUCGGCUGUUGUGGAGUAUAAAGUAUGAGAAAUAUGUACCGAGUUGUUUCUGUUUCAAAGAUCUAAAAGUGAAAUAUCCAUGUGACAUUUUUUCAUUCAUAUCCUUUGCAAUAAUACAACACCAUUGCCAAGACUCAGCGCUCUACUGUAUAAAGGGACCUUGUUAGCGUAGUGUUUUGUCCACAGACUGACUUACAACUGGACGGUGCUAAUGUAUGUCAAUGGUUGAUGAUGAGAUACGACAUUGGCAUGUGCUCCCACUACUGACUGCUGUUCAAAAUAUUGAUACAAACAUCAAUAAAUGUUUAAAUAUUGCUGUAUUAACAGGUUUCAUUGUGUUAAUGAAAGACAGAUAUUUAAGAGGAGGCAGCUAUGACGCUGUGAUUGCUGUUUGGCGAUGCUCUAGUUGACGAGAUUAUGAUCAUGAGGGCAUCGUGUCAAGUUAAGUAAGUUUAUUUAUCUGGGCACAAGCUUGUCCCAGAAGGCUGUACAGUUUCCAUUGCAUCUGACAUUCAUCCAUGGACUUAAAUAUAUAAGGGCUCUGACAGUUUGAGUUGUGAACCACUAGAGGGAGACAGAGAUUUUCCAUUUGCAGUGGCUGAGGCUUGACAUUCAGUUUUACAUGUCAAAUAAUCCUGCUGUAUUUUAAAAUUGGAUCCAGUUGAGGCAGUUUGGUCUCACCCAACACUCAAAGUGAGCAUUCCUUAAUAGCAGACGAUACUCCGACCGAAUGUUAUUGCAGUGUGAUGUUUGUAAAGAUUCAUUUUUGUCACCUCUGAACAUUUCAGGCCGUCACAGAUCCCUGUCAGCUCUAAAUAAAGAUGUCUGAUAUGUGCUGCAUU